AUACGUCUCUCUCUCCUCUGUCUACUCGGCCUUUUCCUCAUUGCCUCUCACAUACUUCUCCUCACAACACCCUCUCUCUUCAGAUCUCUCCUUAUAGAGGCCUUAAAUCCUCUGUAUAUAUUCACUCUCCUCUAUAAAAACAAUCUGUUUUCAAAACUUUGGCGCUCCUCUUUCAAUUUUCUCACUCGAUCUUUCAGAUUUUCAACUCUGAUCUUCCAUAAAAAUAACCCUAGAUUUAAAACCCUAGUUUCGAUUUUGUUGUAAAGCUAUCAGUUUUUGUUAAUUGAAACGGAUCUCGAGUUGAAUCAUCACCUGAUCGACUAGUUUGAGCUCAAGAACUUGAAGAAUUAUUUACAGAACACAUCGUUGACUUAACGUUAAUUUGUUUUAAGAAAUAGAAAAUUUUCAUUAAAGGGGGUGGUGAAGAGGAGGGAAUAAUCAGAUGGCGGAUCAAGGCUUGGAAGGGAGCCAACCUGUGGAUCUUUCCAAGCACCCCUCUGGAAUUGUUCCUACUCUUCAGAAUAUUGUCUCAACAGUCAACUUGGACUGCAAAUUGGAUCUUAAGGCCAUUGCAUUGCAAGCUCGUAAUGCAGAAUACAAUCCCAAGCGUUUUGCUGCUGUUAUCAUGAGGAUAAGGGAACCAAAAACUACAGCUUUAAUUUUUGCAUCUGGGAAGAUGGUUUGCACUGGAGCAAAGAGUGAACAUCAGUCAAAACUUGCAGCGAGGAAGUAUGCACGAAUUAUCCAAAAGCUUGGGUUCCCAGCCAAAUUCAAGGAUUUCAAGAUUCAGAACAUAGUUGGCUCUUGUGAUGUGAAAUUUCCUAUCAGACUUGAAGGUUUAGCAUAUUCCCAUGGUGCCUUUUCAAGUUAUGAACCAGAACUAUUUCCUGGCCUAAUAUAUCGUAUGAAGCAACCAAAGAUUGUGCUUCUUAUCUUCGUGUCAGGAAAGAUUGUCCUCACAGGAGCCAAGGUGAGAGAUGAAACAUAUACAGCCUUUGAGAACAUAUAUCCUGUCCUUACAGAGUUCAGGAAGAACCAACAAUGAUAUGCACUAAAGGAACACUUCAGCUCAGUUUUUUCCAAGUUAAAGUGAAAAUACUGCGUUCUUACUGGCAUGUUAUGGGGGUAGACUCGAAUGUGAAUAUUUGGAAAGGGGUAUCAAGCAGCUGACUUCUAGUUGUGGGUCUGAUCAGACUUGACGGUUGUAUGUGAUCUUGUUUCUUUGCCGAAUCUGGGUUCAUUUCCCCCAAUCCUACAAAGGUGUGUGAUGGAUCUGUCAGCUCGGAUGUGGAUCUGAGUGUCUGAUCUUAUUUGGUGGUGUCUGUUAAUAGACCAUUUGGCUGUAAGAACAGGGAUUGAAGAAGUCCCAUUUUGGUUCUUUCAUGUAGACUCUUCAUUUAAUAAUAAGAACUUGUUGCCCCAAUUUUACCUGUGAGAGUGCUUACUGUCUUCCACCUUUUAACG